GCCAUGUCGAACAUGUCAAGGGUUGAGUGUCAGAGUCUUUAUGGGAAAGUGGUUUUCGUCGCGGGGGGUGAGAAAAAAGCAAAGGAAAAAUUCAGGAAAGUUUGAUUACACGUGGGUCAUGACUACAUCGUACAUCGCGAGUACGUAACACGAGUGUCGUUAGUUUUUCGUUCCUUAAUUAUACUCAGGGUUGCAUGUGAUGGAGUGUCGUCCGAGAGACGAGGGUUGUUAAUGUCAUGCAUGCUCCUCAGGGAAUGAUAUCAGCAUGAGUCUCUGCCCACGGAGACGCUUUCGCAUCACUCCUAUGCGAGCUCUGGCGGCAUUCUUCCUGAUGGUGGUGCUAUUCUGGUAUAGCCUCAGUCGGCAAGAAAUUCCGCAGCAGCCGUGUAGCGUGCCCGAAGAAUUUACCGAAAAAUUACAUGAUCUCGCUUACAGGGCUCAUUUGGUUCUCACUAAAUUGGGCAUUGUUCACUUUCUCUGCUUGGGCGGCCUUUGGGGUCAAGUUCGAAUAGGCCGCGCACUGCCGUGGGCUCGUAAAGUGGAGCUAUGCUUGGUCGACACGCUCCGCGACGAUGUCUUAAUCACGAAAGCCUUCCGGGAGGUCGGUUUGAGUGCAACCUAUCUUCACGCGGCGGGAAUUUACAGGAUACAGGAGCACGAGGUCGGCGAGGACGCACCCAAGGUGGAGGUGGUUGUUUUCGAGGAAGACGCGGUGACGCAGAUGGUCAGGAGAGUCGGCUGGACCAGAAGAGUCCUGCCUCCGGAUUGCGAAUUCUCACCGAGUCUACAGUGUUUUCCACCGCAAUUAGUGAUACCACCCCUACCGGCGAAACAAUUCGGCGGCCGGCUGAUGCCGGUGCCGCGAGAAGGCAUAGAAUUGCAGAAGUAUCAUUAUCCCAAUGACUGGUGGCUGGAGAUCAAGCCCACUGACUGUACCGAGCCCCAAGAGACGAACGUGUAGUAUACAAUCAUGUGGUGCAAUUAGUCCUAGCGGGAUGUUAGAACACUACUGUAUAGUUCGUUAGAUUGGAACAUUGAUCAAUCAGCUUGGAUAUAAUCCAAUUAUAAUUUGGUUGAUUUAUAAUGUCCAACUGAUAAUUAGCUUGGAUUACGAUAAAGAAAAGCACUGAGGUAUUUUAUUGUAAUCAGAAAAUAGUUUCUAGAAGUAGACACGACGAAUAGAAAAAAAAUGUGCAUGUGAUAACAACGGUAGAUAUUUUCAGUUGUUACGUAACUGUUUAUAGACUUAAUUUACUCUUCUAAAAAGUUCGAUCGGCGUACAAAAUGACGACGCAAUUGCCGCUUAUAGAAAGUAUUCAAGUGCUGUCAUAAAAUGAAACGGACGCGGUAGUAUUAUCAAUAGUAGUGAUCUAUCUGCUAAUCAUCGUAGCGAAUGUACUAUUAGAUUAAAAAUAGAUGAAAAUUAUAAGUCAUCUCGUCUAAUCGGUUCUGAGAAUUUUCUAUUAUUGUCAUAUUAUUUUUAUUUUUAUAUCUCGCAUUUUUUGUCUUUCUUAGGCUUCUAAUUUCUAAUUAAAAUUUUAUAAACUGGAAGUUUAAAUUUACUAUACAAUCAUUGAAAUAUACAUAUACAAUCAUUGAAAUUACACAACGACUUUUUAUGCAUUUUUAAAAACCUUUUUUGAUGAUUUAAGCCGCGAAUUUUGAAACACAGUAAUGUUUAUACUACCAUAAGUGCUAAGAAGGUUAAAAUACAUGUAUGCGAAUACAUGUUUAAUGUUCAUAUAUAUUCUUCGAAGCGCAAAGUACUCUAUAACUAAUUGUGAAGUUAUAGAGAAGAUAUACAAUAAGAGGUAAAUUAUACAUGUGUGUGUAUGUGCGCGCGUGUGUGUGUGUGUGUACUUUAAAGACAUUAGGUUAGCUUUAACUUUAUUAACUGUACACUUAUUUACACGUUUAUACGCAAUAUGUGCUUUUUAUCUUUGACUAUAUAAAUAUGGACUGCUAGUCCCUCCACUUUUACUAUGUAAAAGACAUAUGCCCGGAGUCGCCGAGCUGAAGUUGGUCGAAGUAUCGAACUUCAAUUGUUAGGCUCCACCCCAGUUAGUAAAAAAAUGUCAAAUAUGUCAAAAUGUAUAAAAUAUUAUGUUGAAAAUUGAUAGAAAGCCGGAAAAAAACUCAAAUCGAUGGAAAGAGAUUAAAAACAGAUUAAGCACCUUUUUUUACACGUCGUAAAUACGCUGAUUUCACAGAAGCCUUCCCCUUCCGCGCAGAAAAUUACUGACUGGGGUGGAGUUUACAUCUUCCAGCUUGGCAACACGUAUAUAUGAAGUUAAUUACUAUCAGUCCAUACUUAUACAAUUAAAGUUUUUUAUACGAAAAUAUGUCUUCUUAAAAUGACGUACUUUGUUUAAGGCGUUUAAAAGCGAUUGAUUAUAUAUAAUUAUUACUUCAACAAUCAAUCUUACCAUUUAUUAUAAGCUGUAAUAACAAUCGUAAUUAUUACUCAGUACAACAUAAUGGGAAAUAAUACUACGCAAUAAUAAAACUGUGUUUGUUCUUCUACUGUGGCCGCGCGCGAACUUGUGUUAAUGCAAAUUGUAAAUGUAAUUGUAACAAUACACUUCGUAAUGUUAUAGUUACGUCCCGAAAUCUCUUUCAGGGAUUGAAUAAAAAUCUGUAAAAUAGA